ACUAUCCGAACAAGAAAAGUUGUACUUCUGUAAAAGCUAAUUUUACAAUGUUUUGACCAUCCUUUUGCUAGUUUUUGCUAACACAACGAACUGAAAAUGUCUAGAGCACAAGCUGAAAGCGUCAUUAAGAAUAUUAUUCGGGAAAUUGCUCAAGAAUGCGCGAAUAAAGGCCAAGCUGUYUCAGAAACCCUUGUGGCAUUUAUGGUCAAAGCAGUAGUUCUUGAUCCUGACAAUGAAUUCAAUGUGGACAGAACAYUAACUAAAGAUGAYGUUCAAAAACUUAUCAAGCUUUGUGUGGGGAGAUUGCUCAACUCACAGUCACCUGCACUGGAUACUGUCAAAAUGCAAGUCUACUUUGACAUGAAUUACACUAGCAGAGCUGAUUUCCUGGAAGAGCAUAGGCGUGUCCUUGAACAAAGAUUGCAGCCUGUUGUAAGAGAGAUCACUGACAGCCGUGCACGGACUAGAGAUGAACUUGAAGGUCUGUACAGGAAGAUAGUGUCGUGUGUUUUGUUAAGAUCAGGACUAGGAUCACCUACAGACAUUGCAAUAGUCAGGGAAGCAACAGCYGCACUGCAGAGYGUGUUUCCUCAGACAGAACUGGGGACAUUCAUGUCAUUGACAAAGAGAGACAAAGAACGCCAACUGAAUGAAUUGACGCUUAUAGUGACUGGAAUACGGCUGUUUAACAGGGAAUGUGGUAAAGGAGGAGAGGGCAUUGAUGACUUACCUGCAAUAUUGAAUGAAGCAGUACCAGCCACUACACAGAAUGUACAAACAGAGUUACUUGAUACCACAAAACUGGCUUUCUUGUACACAGCAUUGCUUGAAAGGUCCAAGAACAAAGACAUCGAAUUAGAAGAAAGGACUAGUGAACUUUUAUCAGAAAGUUUGAUUAAUACCAGACAACACGAAGCGUUUCUUAAUAUUCUACUGAAUGAUGUAAUUGGUUGUGCACAGCAAGUAGAAGCGCUAGAGUCUCAGUUUUCAGCRAGRAUGGAAGGACUUAAAGCCACAGUUCAGUCCAAAACAGCCGUCCCUACUGCGCAGGUCUAUCCUCAGUUCAUCACCCUUGCUCACAUAUGGACAGGCUUCCAAGAUGAAAUGGUGUUACUCAGUGUUCUUAGUAAUAUACUGGCUAGCUUGGAACCUUUCACUAAGACACACAAGGAACUACUGAAUGAUGAAGUACUGUCACCUUACACAGAAAACCUAGAAAUAAAGACUGAUGACCAGCGUAUUGCUGAGACGUUAGCAGAGGAAAGCCGUGUCAAUCCCAAAGAAAUUGAUAACGAUAAAAUAGAAGUUCUGUACCACCAAACAACCAAGAACUUUGACCAACUACCCAUACAAUACAGGGGUUUUUGUGGAUGGUCAUUAGUGGCUUAUGAUCGUUUAUUAAUCCUAUCAAAUCCUGCUAUUGGAGUUCUUCGUUACCAAGACAACUAUUAUGCAUUCAGAGAUAAACAAGCUGCUUACGAGUUCUCGAACGCACCUGACAGUUACAUCAAAGGAGUCGCAGAAGCUGCCAAGAAAUCCCCUGAACUCAUUCAACUUCUUGAGCUUCACACUCAGUUUGCCUCUAUCACUCCAUAUACUCAGUUUCGAGAUCAAGGGCGAAUGAUAGAGGCGCCCAUCACCAAGUGUGACAGUGGUACACAGACAGACACCCACUUCAUGGAGACCAACAUCGUGAAAUCUUAUGAAUGGAAUGAAUGGGAACUGAGAAGAAAAGCAUUAAAACUGGCCAAUUUGCGUACCAAGAUAACACACUCUGUACAGACUAACCUGAGUAACUUUAGAAGAGACAAUGUCAGUCAAGUGUACCUACCAAAGGAUGAAAUAACGCAAACAAAACGCGACAAUUCAUCAAACGUACCCAAACCGUCUCGUUUUAUCGCUGGUUUACGCGGCUGUAAUUCUACAAAGACAACGAUGAACUUGGUUGACUUGACAUUAGAUGUCGACCAGACAUGAUUGGUGCAUAUGCUGUAAUUAUUGUAAAGAUACUUUGUAUUUAAUGUUUUAAUAAAGAUUUGUACAU